GAUCCGUCAUCCGUCGCGGCUAGAGAGCGUGGCGGCCGCGGAGCGGCCAGACAGCUGCGGGGCGUGUCGAAGCGCCAGCGGCGAGAGAGAGCGAAGACGGCGUAAGCUUGGCCGCACGCCUGCUGCUGCUACUGCCGCCGCGCCGGUGCCGUCCCUCCCGACUCGGAUUCAGUACGUCGGACUCGUCUCGUUGUUUGCGGCUGCACUCCUCGUUUCACUACCCCACCUACCAAAAUGGACGCCAUCAAGAAGAAGAUGCAGGCGAUGAAGAUCGAGAAGGACAACGCUCUCGAUCGCGCCGAUGCCGCCGAAGAAAAAGUCCGUCAGAUCACUGAAAAGCUUGAGCGAGUUGAGGAAGAGCUCCGAGACACGCAAAAGAAAAUGAUGCAGACGGAAAAUGACCUCGACAAGGCUCAGGAAGAUCUUUCUGCCGCUACCAGCCAACUGGAGGAGAAGGACAAGAAAGUCCAGGAGGCUGAGGCAGAGGUAGCUGCCCUGAAUCGUCGUAUGACUCUUCUAGAAGAGGAACUUGAACGUGCUGAAGAACGUUUGAAGAUUGCCACCGAAAAACUCGAAGAGGCCACUCACAAUGUCGACGAAUCCGAGCGUGUACGCAAGGUGAUGGAAAACCGCUCAUUCCAAGAUGAAGAGCGUGCAAACACCAUUGAAGCCCAGCUCAAAGAAGCCCAAAUGCUUGCCGAGGAAGCUGACCGAAAAUACGAUGAGGUAGCCCGUAAGCUGGCCAUGGUUGAAGCCGACCUUGAAAGAGCUGAGGAACGUGCCGAAGCCGGAGAGAACAAGAUCGUCGAACUCGAAGAAGAGCUACGUGUCGUUGGUAAUAACCUGAAGUCACUCGAAGUAUCCGAGGAGAAAGCCCUACAACGUGAAGACUCAUACGAGGAACAGAUCCGUACCAUUUCCGCUCGUCUGAAGGAGGCUGAAACCCGUGCUGAAUUCGCUGAGCGUUCAGUACAAAAGCUGCAGAAGGAGGUCGACAGACUCGAAGAAGAAAAAGAUGAAGCUGAUCGAAAGAAUCGUCAGCUUCAAGAAGAACUCGAUCACCUUCUCACGGAACUUAACGGUGUUUAAAUUCACACAAACAAUCAAAGACAUACCAAACAUGUCUCUCUCGCCUCUCUCUUCCUAUGAAGAAGACAAACGAGUGAUGGAGCUGCCAAGCACCCUCGGCGUGUUUCCUACAACAUUUCCUCCAGUGUUUUUGCUUUUUCUUCCGGAAAUUUGCGUGCGGUUGUGUGUUUUUGUUUUCUCUAAAAGUUUUUGAAACAUGUUUGUUCUUCUAGAGUGCUAGCUGUUUUUUUUUCUCUCACACAUAAAUUGUUCUUUUUAGUUUUGAAAAUCUAAUUCGAAUGCAAUGUUUGUUGAUACUCCAUACUAAUCAUUCAUAGAUUGGUUUUAAUCAUUCAAUACAUAGCCGGUGUUAGUGAAUCAAUUUUAUUUUCAAAAACAUUGUAUUGUCUGCACUCACCCACAACAACGAUUUCCAAAUCCCUCGAACCCCCAAUUUUAUACAAAUUUAUCAAUACCUUCGCAUGAAAUUUCUCUUACAACGUCUUUGUGGCUAUUUAUCUCUGACUUUACACCUUUGUCUGUCUAUCUGUCUUUGCCUGAAAGAAGAUUUACGUGCAUCCGUUUUGUCUGUCAAUGUGUGUGU